AUGGUUGUGAAAUUACAAUUAUUUCCAAGAAAACUUUUGGAUCGUUUGCACAGGCGGUUGGCUGGCGAGCAAGUCAUACUCCCAUUGCCAAAGACAAAAGGAGCAGUCGCCUCAUUUGCUGCGAAUAGUAAACCAAUGGGCCAAAAACAAAACCACAGAACAAAUUCUGAAGACUCUAAGGGAAUGGCAUUGCAGAUAAAGAUGUUUGAUUUAAUGACAUUAUUGGGCAAUUUGAGCAUUUUAAUAAUUUUAUUAACAAUAAUUUCACCAAAAGCUAACUGCCGCUAUGCCCUUGCGGAGAGCCAUUCUGUGGCCAAUGCCGAUGCUAUCGCCAUAAAAGCCAACCAUCAAACUAGAGCUGCAGAUGCAGAUGGUGUUUUUGGUUAUACGCUAAUCGAAUACCUCAAGGACUUGCAACAUUUGCAUAACUACGACAAUGUUCUGGUGAUGCACAAUAAGAACAGUACAAUUGCAUCGAUAUUCUACUCUGUCAUUAAUAGCAGCAGCAACAGCAUCACUGCCAAUGCCAACACCUCAAGCCAUGUUGAUGAUGGCGAUGGUGAUGGUGAUGCUGCUGGAGCCAACAUUACCUUUAUCGAUCAAAUUCUAAGUGGAAUAGUUAAGGGGCCAACACCAAGAUGGCCAUCAACACCAUCACUUCCAUUCGUGGGCCAUUUCAUGCACCAUGUACAGGUGCCGGUCGUGCAACUAAACGAAUGGCAACACUUUAAACUUAAAGAUCAAAUGACAGACAAUUUGCUUGCAAUCGUUCAAAUUGAUAUUAAUCGAGGAGGCAUUCAAAUCACCCUGGACCAGCAUAUGGGACUCUUGAAGAAAUUAUCACUGAAUUUGUGGCACAUGAAAAUGGCGAAAGUGUUCUUCUUGAUGAAUGCCCCGCUGAUGACAAAUGGGCAAAUGGCACCAGCAUACGAUGACUUGGCCCAAGGUAUUGUUGAACAAUUAUUCCAAGAUUGUUGGUCCAAGAAGCUGUUGUAUUGCGCCGCUAUAAUGGCUGACUAUCAGACCACUCGCACAAUCUAUCGUUUUACUCCCUUUCCCAUAUUCACACUCGAAACAAUUACUAUGGCUGUUAAUGGUGAGCGCCAAGAAGAACUCUUUCCGGAACGUCUGCAAGAUUUAUUGGGCUUUAAAAUGCGAAUUGUUAUUGGUGGUUCUGACCCCAGGAUUAUUGCGUAUGAUGUGAAUGGCAAACAAUUCGUCGGAGGCUUUGUAGGUCACUUCAUAUGGGCCUUUGCCAAAAAAUUCAAUUGCACAAUUGUCGAACCUCUGCCGUUCAAUCCCAAAUCACCGCUCCCAAGUCAGGAACUAGUGAAAGCGGUUCAAAACGGCACAGUAGAGUGGUCUGCCGGCAUUACAUUUCCUGCUAUACCCUUUAAGGGUGGGAGCUAUCCCUAUGAAAUGAUUAACUGGUGCAUAAUGAUUCCAGUGGAGGCUGACAUUCCGGGUUACAAAUUCUUCACGUCUGUGUUUAAGGGUGAAAGCUACAUGUUGUUUGUCGGUAGUUUGGUGCUACUGUCCAUGGCUUUAAGCUUUGCCAUGUAUAUCCAUGGCCAUAGUGUGGAUAUCUUGGAUAUCAUCUGCCACGAUAAUUGUCUGCGUGGCAUUUUGGGACAAUCGUUCAUUGAACUGCCGAAAGCGCCCAAAAUUGUGCGUGCCAUAUAUUUAGAGAUAUGUGUCUUGGGCAUAUUGCUGACCACGGCUUACAAUGCCUACUUCUCUACUUAUGUGACACAAGCACCUAAAUCGGCAACCCUGAACAAUCUGGAUGAUAUAUUGGCGUCUGGCUUGAAGUCCAUUGCCUGGCGUCCAGAAUUCAAUGAGGUAUUCGGCCGGCUAGCGGACAGGCAAAAAUACUCUCGAAUGUUUAUACUCGAAGACAGUUACCAGAAAUAUCUUCAGUUACGCGAAUCAUUCAACACCGACUAUGGCUAUGUGGUGCCCACCACCAAGUGGACCAUCAUAAAUGAGCAGCAGAAAAUUUUUACAACGCCACUUUUUCGUCAGAGUUCGAGUUUCUGCUUUAUAAAUAACAUUCCCAUGGGUUUUCCCGUUCAUGAGAAUUCCCCCUUCAUGGACACGUUGUAUCAACUAAUUCUGGAGAUAUCGGAAUCGGGAUUGACAAACAUGUGGAUGGAGCAUGGAUUCAUGGAAUUAAUCAAAGCUAAAAAGUUGCAGCUUGAGGAUUUAAGUAAGAAAAAGGAAUUUCAUGCCAUGAAAGUUGAGGACUUGAUGUACAUCUUCAUAUUCCUGGCGAUGAUGCUAGUGAUUGUCCUUGUAGUCUUUGCCCUAGAACUUAUUGUGUAUUACCAUGGAGAGAGGUUGCGAAAACUUACAAAUGGUUUUCGAAAAAAUAAACAAAAGUUUGUAGAUGGGUGA